CCUGGAUGUAAAUGAACCGGCUGAAUGAACACGUCGGGGAGAAACCCAGAUCUGGCUUCCAGGUUUUCCUCACCUGCCACCCCUGUGGACACCCCAUGCAUUUUUCUGGCAACACCCUCUCUUACAUGGGGGCUUUGUGACCCACCCUCGUCUGCUCAGACGCCGGCUGCAUUUCCCAGUGUUGCUGCAAAAAAGGUGCCGCCUGUGCUGGAAAUGGGAUCUUCCACUAUUUAGCAAGGCUUUGCUGAAUGAGUCAUCAGAGCCGGCUGGUAUUGGCUGGGCUGGUGAGCACCCAAGGGAUUGCCUGGCAAAGGCUGCGAGGCCUCGCUUCAUUCACAGAAAUGUGGGGAUGCUAGCCAGCCCUUUCAUUCACACACACAGAAACUCAUUCACAUUUUGCAGUUUUGCUAGCCACUUCUAAUGAAGAGAACUAUUUGGGAGCAGUAGGGUUUUCUGGGCAGUAGAGUCACAUAAAAAUAGGCUGCGAUGUGUAUAUUUGCUGUUGCUAUGCUAGGAGGAUGAAGAAAGGAAUGAAUGCUGUGUGGAUGCUGUAGCAGGUUCGCAGUGUCGUGAUGAAAGACUGUUCUGCAGAUCACUAGAAACCUGCUUUUACACUGACUAUGACAUUGCCAUUACUCAUCACUGCUGGGAUAAGAGGUGCUGACUUAAUUUAAUGUCAUGAAUAUACUAAUGAAAUGCCUGUAUUUGAGCUGGCUGUUUCACUGUCUUUGCACUUUGUAUACUGCAGCCUUUAGUCAUGGGAGAGGGAAGGAAUUCCAUAGGAUUUUUCCUUUAAAUUGUGCUGCAAUUAGUAAUUUCUUUAAAAAGCAACUUUGCACUAUGCAGAUUCUGUGGUCUGAAUUUGUUUAUAAUGCAGUGUAUUUACCUACAUCCAAAAGAUGUUUUGCAAAGGUCAAUUUGUACAGAAAAGCCAUAUUGGGGCUUGUGAUGGGCAUUGUGUAUCACAAUGCUGCACACGUCUUGGGUUUUUUGUUGGUUUUUUUUUUUAAAGUAAGAGAAAUGAAAUUCGUGUUUUCUGCAUGUUUUGCUACUUCUCAGAUCAAAUGUUUGUGGCUGACAUUUAUGCUUAAUGAGACCUGGUGCAUUUUUUUAUUUUUCAUUACAGGAUGUCUGUUUGCUGCUACCUGGACUUUUGACUGUUCUUUUAGUUUUUUCAGUUUUUCAGAAUUACACCAAACAUUCCAGUGACGAUCCUCUUGACGUUUUUAUUUGGAGUGAAUAUGAGUGGUUAAAGAAAAAACAUCUGUUAAGCCUGUUGUCGGACAUCAGAAAAAUACAUUUCUUCACACAUAGAUUCACAAAUAUGUGAAGUGGAAGAGCAGUGUGGUGUUUCGUAAGGGCUGUCAAUUCAGUUUUAAAGGUAAUCAAUUGCCUUUGGUACCAAAAGGGUGGUUGUGGUGGUGAGGAAUUAAAGGUUGGAAGGAAAUAUCUGUUUGAGAAGGUAGGAAAAGGAAAUUUGAGAAUUGAUUGGUGCUAGUGUGCUGUAAGUGGGUGGAUGGUUUCUUCCCCCCCCCCCCCUUUUUUUUUUUUUGCUACAGGAAGUGAUUUGCAGUGUUCACUGAGCCUUUUGUUGAAAAGGGUCCUUCUCAUUUGUGUGAGUCAUGCUUUUGCUGUGAGCGAGUUGGCAGCUCUAAGCAGGACUGGGAUCUCUGUCACAGAAAACUGUUACUUCACCCAACCUUCACGGGGAACCAUAAGAAAUUUCUUAAAAAUACUUGUUUUUUUUUUUUGUUCUUCCUUAUACUCUUUUCUUUUUUACCCCAAAACCUUGUUAUCUGCCCGUAUUGUUAUGAAUUGCCUGCUAUGUUAGCACAGGCAUCUCCUGCGUUGGCAUCAGAUUUGCCAGAACAUAUGCAGGAAACCAGAUAAAAGGGCAUGCUUCAACGUACCAAGUAUAACCGCUUCAGGAAUGAUUCGGUGACAUCAGUUGAUGAUCUUAUUCACAAUUUGUCCAUGAACAGCAAGGUCUCAGCCGUUUCUACGACUUCAACAACACCUUCGUACCUGGUCUCGCCAGAUGUUCUCCGCAAGGACCAUGAAGAUGGACCCACCACCCUGUGCACCCUUAUCCAUAAAGUGUCCCACUUGAAACUUUCUAGCACGGGCAGCCUUUUGGGUAUCAAAAAUCUCUCCUCUGCAGUAAAGGAGCUUGCUGUCUCCAAGUUGCAGGGAAGCUCGAGUGCUUCUAGCUCAGCAGCAGGGGCUUCAGACAACACAUGUAACCUUGUCUCUGCCACUUCGUGUUCUCAGCAGGACGUGAGCAAGAUGAGUAUGGGGAAAAAAACACGGUCAGAGGAAAUACACCCGGGAGGUGAAGACUGGAAUCAAAGUAGCAGCUUUGUCAGUAAACCCUCUCGGGGAUGGCUGCACUCGAGUGAGAAGAUCCUGGGACCCGGUGUGACGUACAUUGUGAAGUACUUGGGAUGUAUAGAAGUCUUACGCUCAAUGAGAUCUCUUGACUUCAAUACUCGAACACAGAUUGCAAGGGAAGCAAUCAGUCGUGUUUGUGAAGCCGUGCCUGGUGCCAAAGGAGCCUUCAAGAAACGAAAGCCAGCAAGCAAAGUUCUUUCUAGCAUCUUGGGAAAGAGCAAUCUUCAGUUUGCAGAAAUGAGCAUAAUGCUGAAUAUUUCCACCACCAGCUUAAACCUAAUGACUCCUGAUACAAAACAGAUCAUAGCAAAUCACCACAUGCAAUCUAUUUCCUUUGCAUCUGGAGGUGAUCCGGAUACAACUGACUAUGUUGCAUAUGUAGCUAAGGAUCCUGUUAAUCGGAGAGCUUGUCAUAUACUGGAAUGCUCUGAUGGCCUGGCCCAGGAUGUCAUCAGCACCAUCGGGCAAGCGUUCGAGCUUCGAUUUAAGCAAUACUUGCGAUGCCCUUCUAAGAUACCUACUUUCCAUGAUAGGAUGCAGAGUUUUGAUGAGCCAUGGAUGGAGGAAGAUAACGAGGCAACAGAACAACAUGCCUAUUACAACAACAUUCCAAAUAAAAUGCCCCCCCCUGGCGGCUUCAUUGAUGCCAGGCUCAAAGCAAGAUUUCCCACUGCUGCAGAUACAGCUCAGUCUGCAGCAGGACUGGGAGGAGAGCAAACCUAUUACCAGAAUCGUCACUUAGGAGACAAAUUCAGUGAAGAUUGGCAUCAUGUGCCUGUUAAGCAAGGAUCUCUGGAUAUGCUGGAAGAGAAAUCACAAGUAACCCCAACAGCAGAAAUGCCAACAUACGUAAACACCCAGCAUAUAAAUAUAGAAGCUCUACUGGCACUUCAGGCAGAUGCUGAAAGUACCUUCAGUGGAACAGUAGAUGAUACCAAAGUGAGCAGCCCACGAAAGGAUCUGUUUGACAUGAAACCAUUUGAAGAUGCCCUCAAGAUCCAAACGUCUGAGGCUGCAUCGAGGAAAUACACGUCCACAGGACGCACCAGUCCUCUUUUAUCCAGACAAGAUGACUGGACUGUAGCUGAAGACCUGAGUACAGAGCCGUGGUAUCAAGGAGAGAUGAGCAGGAAAGAAGCAGAACAGCUAUUAAAGAAAUGUGGAGACUUCCUUGUGAGGAAGAGUACCACAAAUCCUGGCUCCUAUGUGCUGACAGGCAUGCACAAUGGACAAGCCAAGCAUCUUCUUUUGGUGGACCCAGAAGGAACUGUUCGUACAAAAGAUCGUGUCUUUGACAGCAUAAGUCACCUCAUCAAUCAUCAUCUUGAGAAUAAUUUGCCAAUAGUUUCUUCUGGGAGUGAACUCUGUCUGCAGCAGCCUGCUGAGAAGAAGUAGUGACUCCAGAUAACUAUUUCAGUUUUUGUAAUUUGUAAGCUAUAACUCGUAGAAAUUGCAGAUCUGAAAAAAACCCCAUGUACAUUAAAAAAAUUAUGGAUAUUCACAUAUAUUUCACCAGUAUGUUUUCUUUAGGUUUAAGAAGCCCCAUUUCACAUGGUACACUUGAAAAUUCUCAAUGCUUUAUGUAGACAUGAAGUCACAGCAGAAGGCUUUCUUAAAAAGUAAUUUAAAUGAAAUUGUUCAGAUUCUCUAAUGUGAAUAUUGAUAGUGUAUAUAUACACAUUAUAUAUAUAUAAAUACAAUAUAUAUUUAUAUUUUUCAAGUCGGUCUGUUGAUGGUAUAGAACUAUCUUCUGUGCCAUGUGUUUUUACCAGAAGAAAAAUUCCAAUUGUAAUUGUUCAGAUAAAAAUGGAAUUCUUCAGUCUCAAUUUCUUGAGAAAUAAAUAUUGGGAAUCUUAUUUCUGCUUUUACCUAAGAAGCACAACUAUGGGGAUAACAGGUGGAUUAUGCUGGUUAACCAUGGAAGGAGUCUGAAUUUAGCAGUUAGUAUUCCGACUCAGAAAUUUAGCAUAAAAUUAUUUUUAAAAGCAUUAUUCAGUGUCACUGAUAUCAAAAUCAUUUUAUCUUUCUGAUGUCAAGUUUGAAUUCUUAUAUGAUGCUACUCAAAACAUUUGUAUCUUGCUUUAACAAUGAUUUUGUGUGACCUCUCUGUGUAUAAAGUGUGUGCGCUUGAUUUUUCUAAUGAUAAUAUAACAAUAUUCAGUAACUUUAAUUUAUUAAUUUGAGUGCUAAGGCUAUUUGUAAGUAGUUCUCUGCUUAUAGUGAAGAUCUAGGUGUCCUUGACUACCAGUCUCCAAUGAGAUGUUACAUACCGAUUAGGCAAGUUCAAAUAACUUGUGUUUAAUAGGUUUAAUACAAGAUGUACAUGGUUGUUCAGAGGCAUAACUGAAAAAUCUUUUCUUCUUAUAAACAGUGAAAACUAUCAUGACUCAGUGGCCAUUUGCAUUUGCCUACCAAAGCCUUCACUUUGGCCUUCAGCAAGUGAUAGGUAUUGCAAAUAUACUGCUUUUCUGUAAAUAUCAAGUUGGAAAUACACAUGUACUAAAGAUGCAUUUCUAGCAGAAAUGUCCUUGGCUUUUGGUACUGGGAAAGGUUUUUAGAAAGAUUUGUACUAUUCAAAUGAAAGCACUACAUGAAGUUAUUUUCCUAUUUACAAAGCUUAUCAGAAGCCAAAUUCAAUAGACAUAGUUCCUAUAAAGGCAAAGUUUGUGCCAGAGUGAGGAUUUAGCCUUCAGUGUUCCAAGGUUGUCUCUAGCACCAGUAUCUCAAAUCAAAUCUUCAGACCUGAUUCAUAAAGGCUGUGACUCAGCAGGGUAAGUCUAGGUUAAGCACCUGCCUACCUUGAAGUAGUCAAUACUUAAAUCUACUUAGAUUUGGUUUUCAGAAUUUGCUAAGUUUAAAAAUUUGUCAGACUACAAGCGAACUGACUGAAUGAUUCAUUCAGGUAGGAUCAUCUUAUUAAAAUUCUGAAAUAUUUUGCCCAUAUCGUCUGUUUUGAAAUAUCGUGAAGUUGCAACUUGGGAAGUUUGGUUUUGCUUGAUUUCAAGAACAAAAACGAUUGAGGCACCUAAGACGAAUCAUAUGAGCAGUGAAUAAAAAUACACUUUUUUAUUCAAGACAAAUACAAUUUUUUAUUCAAGACAUUCAGAAGCCAAACUAUGACAUUAGUGAAACAAAUGCUUGUGAUUAAUUUUAUUGCGAAUACUAAUUAGUUGUUAUUUCUAGAUCUGUGUGGGAGCUGAGAGCAAAGGAAAGAAAUUAAAUGCUGCAUUGCAACCCAAAUUAGUAUGGCGCUGAGGCUAGUGGAAUUCUUAACAUUUGGGUUGUCCUUUUACCAGGUUGAAAAUUGCAAGGGAACAUGAGGAGAUCUUAUACCCCAAAGCAGUAUUCAUCAAAACUACUUUAUUUAAGACCAUCCGUGUCUCACCAUAUUCCGGCUUGAAGUUGGCACCUUUUUUGUCAUGUAUAAUAUUUGUCAUAUCAUGCUCCCAUCUCCCUAUAGCCAUGUCCUGGAAAGUGUUUAGGGUGAUAUCAUUAACUAUAGGAGAAGGCCUCUUUUUCACUUUGAAUGUUGUCUAUCACUUCAAUAAGAACCAGGUGCCAAACCCCCUUAGGUGCCUUCAAAAAUCCCACCUGCUGCCUAUGUCAGUUUUAGAUUCCUAAAUACCCUGUCAGUGUAUGCCUGGAAAAAUGUGACAAGAUAUGGGUGUAUGAAUGAAGGCACUAAAUAUACACAGAAAUAAGAAUCUAUUUUUUUUUACCAUCUUUAAUAACUUAGCAGCCACCUAGCUGCAUGUUUUGGAAAUUAAAGCAGGUGGCAAGGAGACACAAAGUGAAACAGCUUGACAGAAAUAUUUAAUUUCCCAGACUACAUUUCACAAACUCUGCCUCCAGGAAAAUGUGGCUGUUUUAAGCUGCUCUGUCAGCACAGCCAAUUUGCCCAGCUCACCAUGCCCAUUGAUGAUGCAAAUGUUACCCAUAGCUUAAUCAGAUGAAGUUUGGCCCUAGGUAACGGUAGCACCUUUGGGCUGUGACAGUGCCCUUGCUGCCGCAAUGGGCCAGCAGAUCCUGUCUGGCCAGGUGUGAUGAUCCAGAGGCUUUUCUAAAUCACUGAGAACCAAAUGAUCUCAAAGCUGCCAAGGAAGAAGGGGCAUGUGGGCCAAUGAAUGCUCCUUUUGUGAAUCCUGCCAUUGCUUUUUGUCACUGUUGCUCUGGUAGGUUUGGCUUUCCCCUACAUGAAAAUGGUGUAAAAUCUGCAUAGCCAUUUGGAUAGCAGUUCCAAACCUGUUUUCGUUAGAGCUCAACAAGAGCUAAUUGAACCUGCUAGAGAAGCAGGGCUCAUUUCUAUGAGGAGCUAAUACUGUCAGCAAUUUAAGAGAUGUAGAAGUUAUGAGAUGGGCUCAAAUGCUGUGCAGUUGGCUGAAAACCAGACUUCUGACAGCAUAAUAAUUUGAGCCUUUUAAUGUUUACCUUCGGUUUUGAGUCCCCCCACCUUUUGUUUUUACUCUCUUUUAUGCAGUCCUAAGGGCUGGACACUUGCUGGUGAUAAUUCAGUACUGUGACUUCAAGAAGGGGGAUUUUACUUGAAUGAACAAAUUUACUAGACGCAAUAGAAACCACUGAGUUUAGACAAUAUUAUGGUAUCCUUUGAUUUUUCCCAGGGGAGACCUGAGCAGUCAGAACUGAAACUCUAAAUAUCCUGCAAGACUGACUACAUUGAUUUCGAGUAUUAUCUGAUUAUCAGUUUUGAUUCCAGCUGUAUUGCAACUAUGUGAAUUCUGGGCAAUGAAAACACGUUCGAUUCCUCCAAACAAAGAACUUUCAGAAGUGAACCAAAUGCUUCUGAUUCUUUUUAUUGUAGAUCUAGAAUGAAUACUAGGAUAAUAAAAAUUUCCAGUGUGACUGGCAGUGAUAGACUGGAUAUUGAGGUACAGUUGCAUUCCCAAACUUUCAGUUACUUCAGAUGCUUCAGAAGCACUGAAACCUCAAACGUAGGAAAUGCAAUUUGAAAACUGAAUUAUCUUCUGACUGCAAUGGGAGUUUGUUCAGAGUGAGGGCUCCCCAGGUUUCCUUCCCUAAUGCAAGAAGAGGAUGUUCAAAUCGGCCAUGGCUGGGUGGAGACUGUAGGAGGAGACAGAAUUUCCAUGGCUUACUGCCUGCCUCCUUGCCCAGGGCUUUGCAUACACAGUGAGGAUAGAAGGAUAUACAGUAGCUUCCCCCCACAUCCUACAGGGUUAUCAAAGGGAGAUAACACUUGUUCUGCCAGAAACCUCUGCCACACAUGUUCAGUAAAAGCUUGAACAAAGAACAUAGUCUUGAGACCAGGAUUUGAGCGCAAAUUGCACACUGUCACCAGAAGAAAAUAUUUACUAACAGUGUGGCAACUGUCACCUGCCAGCACUAGAUUUUUUAUAUCCUGGCUUCAUUCUUUUUAUGCUCUGCGGAAUAAUAUGCUCACAUUCCUUGUCAUCGUGGUCCCCAGGCACCAUGUUGUGCAGUAAGAUGUGAAGAAUUUAAAAAAAUGUAUACCACAGUGUGAUUGCUGCUGGCACAUCAAGUGCCAGAUGCCAGCUACAAUGUAUUCAUAAUAGAAUUGAUGCAUAUUUAGAUAUUUGUAAGAAGCAAAUGCUCCGUUUGAAAACUUAGAGUUUUGCAGCCUCCGGGAUAUUUGCAGCUCUAAAGGGGAAAUUUGGAACUUGUGAAUGUUCUAACAAAAGGUGAUGAAUCCUGUUUCCAAGCCUUUGUUCUUAGCAUCCAGCGUCUAUCUGAAGUAAGUGGUAGAACCAAGCAUUUAUAUUAAGUAAACCAUAUUUGCAUAAACGAAGUCUAAGCUGAAGUAACAGACAUACUUCCCAUUUUAUCUUUCAGACAUUUUCAAAAUAUGCCUGCAUGAAAUCCAAAUUCAGGUUUACCUUAGUCUACUGUCACAAAUAGGUUGAUUUGCAUGGUCUUGUUGCUUGAACCUAGGGUUGCACUCUCCACAAAUCUAUGGUUGCUCAAAACUGUCAGGAGAUGGGGAAAUUCCCAGUAAGAGCUUUGUGCUCAGCUGUGCUUACUCUACUAACUCAGACACAGUCUCUGUGGACCUUGCCCACAUCUUCAUUGGAUGCAGCUGGAAUGAGGGCAGGCCUAUGGAGAAGAUAACAUGGAAAUACAAUUUGCCUGCAGUUAACCAGAGGCUUGGAUAAGGGAUGGAAAGCUGUCUUGGCAGAGAAAACCCCAGGGAUAAGAAAUGUGAAGCCUGGAAACACCAGCUAAUAGGCAUAUAAGCCACUAAUGGGAACUGCAAAAUACCUAGGCAAUGACUACCGCACAUCUCUUUUUGGGACACUUAACGUUCAUAAGACCUGAUCUGUUUUUCUGCGUACUUCAACAUAAGCAUCUUGUAUGGCUUCCACUGAGAAAAAGUGGGGCAUUUUUUUUGUCUUGGUAAGGGGGCUAAGAUUUCAGAGCUGCACAUUUCUAGCAAAAGUUCCACAUAAAGAGUUUUUAAACCUUUUUUGACAACAGAACAGGCCAUGGAAACCAAAGGAAGGAAUUAAAAAGCUAAAGCUGGGUGACUCAUUCUGCUACCCCACUUUGUGGGAGACAGCAUGGAUGACUCAGAAAAGGAAGGUAGCCUCAGAUUUGAGAUUAAGAUGCAGAUCUACAUUUUAUGUAACUAUCAUGAAGGUAAAAUAACAUACAGGUCAAAUGACAACUUUUUCCAGCAGUCCUCCUUUCCUUUUCCAAUGAGGCAAAACCCACCGAACACACCUGGGCAUAUAUUUAUGCAAAAUAAGUGAAAUUUUAUUAAGCGAAGAAUGUAAAGAUUAUAAUUGGUAUAUAUUUGUGUCCUUUGUGGCUGAAUUGGUGUGAUAAUUGCUUUUCAGUAAAGUCCUGCAGAGUUAAACCUCAAAAGAAGCCAGGCUUCUCCUUUUGAGGUAAAUGUUUUUCUUUGCAUUGUGUGAGCAGCAACAACAAAACAAAAAAGUGGCUAUUUUGCUGUGAAAGGGAGUUUGACUGUACAUUUUUUAUUUAUUAAUAUUUGUUACUUUUAGAAACAUUUUUAACUGAGAAUUGCAGAAAAAAUAAUGUAUGUGGAAAUAUUGUGAUCGUUUAUAUUCCCAACCACUUUUGUGAAUCUCAAGUUCUUGCCUGUCUGCUGAUUGUGGUAUUCUGGCUAAGGAGGCAAGUUUUGAGCAACAGAAUUUUGAACAUAAGUGUUAUACAACUGUUUUCUGAUUAUUCAGUUUGUAUAUGAUUAACCAAAGUAAUAAAAUAAUGAGCACUACUGUCAGAAUGAAAUGCAUGCAAAGUGAGCUUGAGCCAUUCCUCCUAUGCCCAUUUUUUUUUGUGGUUUGUUUGUUGCUGGGUUUUUGGGGGGUUUGUGUGUUUUGGUUUUUUUUUUUAGUUUACCUGAAGUGAUGCCCAUUUUGUAGCACAAUAAAUGAAAUUCUACAAAG